GACGCACGGGGAGCGCGCGCAGUGAGGCGGUCAGUGAAGGAGACACGGCGGCGACUCGGGAGCCAUACCGGGAUAAUCCAGCCACACCGCGCCAGCCCGCCCAGCGGACUCGGUAACGGACAGGCCGGGGGCCCCGGAGCAGCAGCUAGCGGGCCGGAGCGGACAGCUUUGUGUUGUUCUUGGAAAAUUGCGCACCGGUUGUGAAUACCUUGAACUUUGGCAUUUCUAGCCCAUUCCUGUUGAACCCUCCUCAUUUACAGCUUGCCCAAAUUAAAACUCAGUUGGCACUUCAUCACUUGAACUCUGUUACUUCAAGCAAUACUCCCCUUAUAUUUGCUUUGUUACACGAGACUUUGUUGAAAAUAAAUACUGCAUACACAAUGUUUAAUCCGAGAGGAGGUUUUCCUGGUCAAGGAAUCCGGCCACUCAUGCCGCACCGAAUGAAGCAGCCUGGGAUGAACCUUUCUGGAAUGAAUGUUUCCGGCAUGAAUCAGCAGCCCAUGGGUCUUUCUGGCAUGAAUCAGCAGCCCAUGGGUCUCUCUGGCAUGAACCAACAGCCUAUGGGUCUCUCUGGCAUGAACCAACAGCCUAUGGGUCUCUCUGGCAUGAACCAACAGCCUAUGGGUCUCUCUGGCAUGAACCAACAGCCCAUGGGUCUCUCUGGCAUGAACCAACAGCCCAUGGGUCUCUCUGGCAUGAACCAACAGCCCAUGGGUCUCUCUGGCAUGAACAAACCAGGCAUGGGUCUCUCUGGCAUGAACAAACCAGGCAUGGGUCUCUCUGGCAUGAACAAACCAGGCAUGGGUCUCUCUGGCAUGAACAAACCAGGCAUGGGUCUCUCUGGCAUGAACAAACCAGGCAUGGGUCUCUCUGGCAUGAACAAACCAGGCAUGGGUCUCUCUGGCAUGAACCAACAAGGCAUGGGACUUCCUGGCAUGAACCAACAAGGCAUGGGACUCUCUGGCAUGAAUCAACAAGGCAUGGGUCUCCCUGGUAUGAACCGUUCAGGCAUUGGCAGCCCUGGCAUCAAUAUCCCUGGUGGUAUUGGUCAUGCUGAUGUCAGCCACCCAGGCCUAGGCCCUCCUGGCAUGAAUCAAUCUGGAAUGAACUUAAAUCGAAUGAACCAACCUGGGAUGAACCAAGGUGGCAUGGGCUUUCAUCCUGAAAUGAGAAACACUGGAUUGGAUAUGAGGUCACAUGGAUUAGAAUCUCCAGGAUCCUUCAUUGGAGGAAGUUCUGAUCCAGUAGGAAUGAAGAAUUUGCCAAGCAGAACACCUACGAAUGCAACUCCUGAAAGGGGCCUGGGCCCACAAGCAUUUCAGAAAAGAUUUGUUGGGGCCUCCCCAGCACCACGACCAGUACAACCAAGAACACAGUCGCAGGCUCAAGACCUUCUAUCUUUAGUGAACAUGAUGACAAAACAGUCUCCUUCAGACCUAAUGAUGGGAAAAGGCAAACUCCCAUUACAAGGGUCUUCACAGUUUGGAAAAGAGAAGCUGUGGCAGUCUGGUACAACUGGAAAUUUGUCUCAAGAUAUGGGCAUGAAAUCCACUCCCAGUCCGCAAUUGGACCGUCUUCCAGAGCAUCAAAAUCGAUACACAAAUGAAAGUGCAUCAAGUAUCUUGGAAAGCUUUGGGCUAUCUAAUGAAGAUUUGGAAGAACUUAGCCGUUAUCCAGAUGACCAGUUGACUCCUGCCAAUAUGCCAGUUAUUUUGAGAGACAUAAGGUUGCGGAAACUAGGGCGCUCGGGAUCUACUCCUGAUCAGGGUGGUUUUAGAAGAUCUGGUGGGAAGGUUCUACCAAGUAAAGUUAUUGAAUAUGGACAUUCAAGCAAGUACCAGUUUGAGGAUCCCAUCCAAUCUUAUGACUCUCCAAGAAUGGAACGUAAAUCUGAGAGAAGUCCACCGAAAGUGGAACCAAAAAAAACAAAUGUUUCUAAGGUGCCCCCAGCUUCUACAAAUGCCAGUUCUGUAAAAGCAAAUGACGAGUCUAUGGAUAAUAAAAUCCCUACUAUAUCUAAUCCUCGCAAAAAAGGGUCUUCUAGGAAAGCUUCAAAGAUGGACAGGCCCAGCAACAAGCCAGGUUUUGGUGAGCAGCCAAGUGUUCAAGCUGCAGAAAAUAAAUCUGAUGUUUCAAGUUCUGAGAAAUAUAUUAUGGGGGGAGUUCAACCUGAGGUCCCAGCCAUUGCUAAUCGUACUGAGGCCCCGCCAAAUCCCCAAAUGGGAUCUCUAACUGGCCCAGUAACUUAUCCGCCACCUUUUGAGACAACUUCUGUUCCAACAUCUGGAAGUUGGACAUCUGCUUUACCCCAGGCAGACAUUCAGAAAAAUAGAAACCCAACUCCUUCCAUGAUGAAUGAUUACUAUGCAGCAUCGCCGAGACUAUUUCCUCAUAUCUGUUCACUGUGUAACAUAGAAUGUAGACAUUUGAAGGAUUGGAUUAAGCACCAGAAUACCCCCGCUCACAUUGAAAGUUGCCGGACGUUGCGCCUACAGUAUCCUCAGUGGAAUCCACAGGUCCUUUCGUCUAUAAGUGAUGGCAAUAAGAGUGAUGAUGGAUCCACUAAAAGAUCGAAAUCCCAUAGUUCCAGUCCUAGGCGAUCCAGGGGAUCAGCAUCCCGAAGUAGGGCUCGUAGAUCCCGUUCUAAAAGCCCUAGAAGUUCCAGGCGAUUAAGGUCAAGAAGUCGGAGCCCAAGAAGACCUCGUCGCAGCCUAAGACGAUCUCGUAGUCCACGACGGCGUUCCAGGUCUCCUCGCCGUUAUUUGUCACCAAGGAGACCUAGACAUGCACGGAUCUCCAGAACACGCAGUGCUUCCCCAGACAAGAAGGCUUUAGAUGCUGUAGUUGCAAAUUUCAUUACAUAUACACAAGGAAAAAAUGGCAAUUACAUAAAGAUAUCUGUAAAGUCACCGAGCAAGGAUGAAAAGGUAUCUCCAAAGUUGGCUAGCUCAACCGCGAUAACAAAGAAACCAGACAGCAGUACAUCUUCAUCAAAAAAGCCCAGCACAGGUAAUAGCACCAUAACGAAAGCCAGCAGCGUUUCAAGCGGUGGGUCCUCCAAGAAGGGGAGCAGUACCUCUAGCAGUAAGAGACCCACUAGCAGCAGCAGCACCACCACCAGAAAAACUUCUACUAGCAGCUCUUCUCCUAAGAAACCAUCAUCCAGCUCCUCUGCUGUAAAGAAACCACUGUCUACCUCCUCGUCUGCAAAGAAGCCUCCUCCUCGCCCAUCUUCUGACAAGAAUGUGCCUGCUCCAGCUCCAAAGGCGACACCUGGAGGGAAGAAGCCAUUCCAAAGUAAAUUAUCUGCUGGUAAUAAGGAGACUCCAGCUCCUCCACGAGCUUCUGCCCAGCCUCCAGUUGUUGAUGCCUUCAACCCUCUCCACAAAUUUAAAAGCAAAACAAACUCUGGCACAAUUAUUCAUGUCACCAAUUUACCGGAUUUUGGAUACACCGAUCAAGAUAUAAUGAAAAUUGUGCAGCAAUUUGGCAAAGUUUCAGACAUCCUUAUCAUUCGUUCUAAAAAUGAGGCAUAUUUACAAACCAAUUUCAAAGAGGCAGCAACGGCAGCUGUGAAGUUUAGUGAAACGGUUCCUGUAAUGGUAAACAACACACGGGUAACUUUGAGUCUGGCUGGACAGAAAAAAGAACCUGAGAAAGUUCAAGUCAAGGUUGAAGUUAAAAAACCAAGCCAGAAAAAGCCACCACGUGAGGUUAUUCCUUCUGGCUUUAUCAAGACUUACAAACUAGCUGAACCCAUGUUUCAGGAUAAAGAGAGAUGUGUUAUUAUUGUUUCCAACCUACCUGAAGGCCAGUCUGGAGUGGAAGAGAUCUCAAACCUGGCCAAACCUUUUGGUGGGGUGGUCGAUAUUCUAUUUGUGUCUACACAUAGAAAGGCAUAUUUAAAGUUGUCCAAUAAAAGCUCUACAGAUUCCAUGAUCAAAUUUUAUGACGUCUUCCCAACUUUUAUUUCUGGAAAUGCUGUGUCAAUUGCUGUGAAUCCAAAAUUUAAGGACUUAAAAGACGAGGAUCGUAUUUUUGCAGAAAUUAUCGAGCAGUCUCCACACAAGAUUAAACCGACUAUCUAUGAAAACUUUGUACAUCUGAGCAACCUUCCUGAAAAGGGCUACACAGAGUUCGAGAUAGUUUGCAUUGGACUUCGAUUUGGAAAGGUUGAGCAUUAUGCCAUAUUUGCUAAUAAAAAGAAGGCAAUCCUACACAUGUGUAAUGCAAGUGCAGCUAAAGCGAUGCACAGUUUCCUGUCGCAAUAUCCCUGCUCUAUCGGGGAAAGUCUACUGAGCUGUUCUCUACCCUCCAAAACGAAAAUGGAAGAGGGUGAAUAUGUGAUGACAUUAGAAGAAGAGAAGAAAAGUAGUCGUGAGGUGGAAAGCACACCUGUUGAAACGGAAACUACACAGACUGCUGAUGAGGAUUCUGUGAAAGGUAAAAAAAGUCAAGAAAAGGCUGCAACGUCUGCGUUGCCUGAAACUACAACGGCUACAACUACAUCUCUGGUAUCAACACCUCCUGAUGCUGCACUGCCUAUUGGUAAAGACAAAGAAGAGGUCAAGCCGUCGAUGACUCCAUCACCUGUUAGUGGUUCGGAUGAAGAAGAGAGUACUGUGGAAAAAGAGAGUACUGUGGAAAAGGAGAGUACUGUGGAAAAAGAGAGUACUGUGGAAAAAGAGAGUACUGUGGAAAAAGAGAGUACUGUGGAAAAGGAGAGUACUGUGGAAAAGGAGAGUACUGUGGAAAAGGAGAGUACUGCUGUGGAAAAGGAGAGUACUGCUGUGGAAAAGGAGAGUACUGCUGUGGAAAAGGAGAGUACUGCUGUGGGAAAAGAGAGUACUGCUGUGGGAAAAGAGAGUACUGCUGUGGGAAAAGAGAGUACUGCUGUGGGAAAAGAGAGUACUGCUGUGGGAAAAGAGAGUACUGCUGUGGGAAAAGAGAGUACUGCUGUGGGAAAAGAGAGUACUGCUGUGGGAAAAGAGAGUACUGCUGUGGGAAAAGAGAGUACUGCUGUGGGAAAAGAGAGUACUGCUGUGGGAAAAGAGAGUACUGCUGUGGGAAAAGAGAGUACUGCUGUGGGAAAAGAGAGUACUGCUGUGGGAAAAGAGAGUACUGCUGUGGGAAAAGAGAGUACUGCUGUGGGAAAAGAGAGUACUGCUGUGGGAAAAGAGAGUACUGCUGUGGGAAAAGAGAGUACUGCUGUGGGAAAAGAGAGUACUGCUGUGGGAAAAGAGAGUACUGCUGUGGGAAAAGAGAGUACUGCUGUGGGAAAAGAGAGUACUGCUGUGGGAAAAGAGAGUACUGCUGUGGGAAAAGAGAGUACUGCUGUGGGAAAAGAGAGUACUGCUGUGGAACAAAACGAACAACCAAAGGAAUCCAUGCCCAUUGAUACGGAACCUACAAAACCUGCAGAAAUAGCAUUCGCUGAGCAAGUUAGUGAUAACGAGCUGGAGGAGCAACAAACACCUGAUGCUGAACUUGAAAUCCUAGGUGCUGAAGCAGUGACUGACGAUGAAGAAUAUGGUGACGAAGAUGAUGAUUAUGAAGAAGAGAGUACUGUGGUAAAAGAUACUACUGUGGAACAAAACGAACAACCAAAGGAAUCCAUGCCCAUUGAUACGGAACCUACAAAACCUGCAGAAAUGGCAUUCGCUGAGCAAGUUAGUGAUAACGAGAUGGAGGAGCAACCAACACCUGAUGCUAAACUUGAAAUCAUAGGUGCUGAAGCAGUGACUGACGAUGGAGAAUAUGGUGACGACGAAGAUGAUGAUUAUGAAGAAGAAGCUGCUGAAGCACCAGAAGCUCCAGAUGCUGAGAUAUCGGAGUUAAUUCAAACAGAAUCUGUUGUAUCCAUCGUUAACAGUGAGCCUGAUGAUCUGCCAAAGUUCCCUCUAAGUGAGGAGUUGGAGGUGCUUGUUUCUGUAGAAUCAGAGGAGGAGGAGGAGGAGGAGGAGGAGGAGGAGGAGGAGGAGGAGGAGGUGGUGGUGGUGGGGGUUAUGGACUUAGGGAAUUCCAAAAACUGUCAGCAAAAACAGGUUUGUCCAGAUAUUAAUAUGAUAGAUGAUAUUGGAGUCACAACAUGUGAAGAAAAUGAAGAUAUUGAGGGGGUGACUGUGGACCCAGAGCCUGAAGAUGAAAUGGGUAAACCAUCUGAGUCACCUCAGAAAUUAUGUGAAGAUGCCAAAACAGAAAUGUCUGAAGAGCCCAAGCAAACAGAGCAGCCAGUUCAGGAACAAAACCAAAAAAGCAUCUCUGUUGGAAAAUGUAGUGAUGUUUCAAGUGUUUCUGAACCACCUAAUUCCAAGGGAAACCUCGGUAAAGAGUUAGAUUCCAGUGUUACAAACACUGAAUCUACUGACCAAACUAACAAAGCUGAAGCAGCUAAUGAAAAAGAAUCUAAAUCCGAAGAUGAUUCUGUCAGCUUUUCCACAAAGAAAAAUAAAGAAACAAAGAUAAGUGAAGUACCUGUAAAGGAAUCUGGUGACUUGAAAUCCUCUUCAGCACUACGUAGGACUGCAAAAUAUAACCCGCAGAAGGGUGACAUCUCUGUAACGCUAUCUGUGGACAAUCAAAAGUCCACCUCAAAAUCUGACACCCGAAAAAGGUCAUCAGCAGAGACCAGGUCAUCUGGAAGAGAGAGCAGCACACCAAAGUCUAGUAGCAGCCGUUCUAGUCCUGCUGAAACUCCUGGAAGUAAUCUAAAGUCCAGUUAUCAAAAGAGAAACAGUGGAAAGGGAGCACCGUCGCAGCAAGAUAGAGAUUCAAAGGUUACAUCGAAAUCUUGGGAGAGAGAAACAAGAUCAAGUUAUAGAAAAGAUGAUUGGUCGAAGAACUUUUCUCAAAGACACCAACGAAGUUCCAAAGCGAGCAGUCGGGGGCAAAAAUCAAAUGAGGGCCAGGAGAGAGAGCAGUUUCCAUUUGACUUGGAGGAGUUUGUUACUGUUGAUGAGAUUGUAGAGGAACAGUCAGAUACACGGCGUGCGAAGGAUGAGUCAAAAACACCUCAAGGUGCUAACGGGAGCAGAAAGGCAAAACGGAAAGAACAUGAACAGUCUCCUUCCGAGGCCAAAAAAUCUAAAGGGAAAAAUACAACUACACACAAAGCAAGCAAAGAACAGUCCUUUGUGACAUUAGAUGAAGUAGGGGAUGAAGAUGAUGACACUCCAGGGCCAGAAUCCACAUCCACUCUCACAAAAGAGCCCCAGUCUCUAGUAGGUCAGUCAGUAGAUGUAAAGGUCGGACAAGAGCUUAUGACUUUAGAUGAGAUUAGUGAUGAGGAGGACGUUAAUCAGGACACUGCUUCUGGCCUUGUUUUAACAGAAAUACCAGAGGACUUAUCUAAAGAACCUCUUCUUGUUACACUUGAUGAAGUCAUUGCUGAAGAGGAAGAGACUGCUUCAAAAUCUAAAUCCCCAAAUGUGGAGAAUUCAUCCUUAAAGGAUGCUGAAAAAAAAGAGAAAAAGGACAAGUCUAAACAAAGUUCCAGUAAAGAUCAUCCAGCUGUACAGCCACUCCUCACCUUGGAUGAAGUUAAAGGAGAUGAUGAUGUGGAAUCUAUAGCAGACAUUGUUGGCUUUAAUGAAGGACACCAGUUCUUUACAGUUGAUGAAGUGGGUGAGGAAGAGGAGGACUCCUCUAUGCCUUCAGAAACUGUAACCGAGUCGACUGUCAAAACUGAUGGCAUCAAGACCCCUAAACCAUGUGAAAACAAACCAGAUCAGAAAUCCAAAGCCAUUGAAGAUUCACCAGUUGUAACUCCAAGGAGAGGCAGGCCACGAAAAAGACCCCUUGUGGAAAAAUCUACUCCAACUCCUGCAGACAGUAAAUCACCGGAUUCCUCACAGAAACCUUCUGCAGUGGAAACACCAGCAAAGCAAAAUGGAAAGAUCACAAAAGCGGCGGAAUCCCCCGCAACUGAAAAACCAGCUCCAGCGGAUUCUGGAACUCCUUCAAAGAAGAAGAAAGUUGAAUCUCCUUCAAAGGAAUCACCAAACGCAGGGCCUUUCAACCCCAGUACACCAAUAGGAAUGGAAUUUCUGGUCCCAAAAGCUGGUUUCUUCUGCGAGCUUUGUUCACUUUUCUACAUGGACGAUGCAUCAAUGUUGAAGCAUUGCAAGAGUCUGAAGCAUCAUCAGGCGAUUGAGAAACAGAUGGCCAAGGAAGCCGAAUUGCCCUCCAAGGACAGCAAGGAAGCAUAAAACCGAAAACAGAACAGAAAACAAAACCUUAAAGGCGAAGUUCUAUGUUAAAUUAAAAAAUGUGAAUAAUAUACAUCUGUUAAUACACAAUCUGUUAGGGUGAAAACAAUGUCGUUUUUAAACAAAAAGGCAAGAAAUUCCAUUUAUGGCGCUGUAUUUUGUUCACGUCACUGUAAAUACCUUUUCUGCUGUGAGAAUCUUCCAUUUAGUAUGGUCACAUAUCUCUGAUCACACGGAAUUUCUUGUGACAGAAUUUUUAUUUUAAUUUUUUUUUUUGAGGCAGAGGCAUACACAGGAGGUCACAUAGACAGCUAGAGAAACACACUGUAGAAUGAGCACGGUGAGCAACAGACAAAUCCACACAGUCUGGAACCUUGAUUUCACCCAAUUAGUUUGUUUGGCAGUUUGACUUCAAUGUCCUGUUAAGUGCAGUUUUAUCAGAUUGCCUUUCAAAACCACAAUGUUUUCAUUUGCUGAAAUAAUCUAGUUGUUAUUUUUUACCGGUACUGCAUUAAUUUUGUAUUACUUGCCCUUUAACCAAGUUUUUAGGGUCCACUGUGUAUUUUAUUUUAAUUAAUGAUAAAGUCAUGGUUUCAAACAGUUGUUCAUGUUGUAGAAAUAUUCCUUGUAGACGGAUGUUGAUAGAUUUUUGUUUUGCUUGCUUGGUUUGUCUUUAUCACCGUUCUAGUAAAUAUUUUCCUAUACCAGUUUGUAAUUAAUUUGGUCAUAGCGGUUUCUCUAACCCCAUCCUGUGCUUCUCUGCCAUUUCAUGCGGGGCAGAUAUCAUUGUCACCCUUCUGCUGAUGUUACCCCUCUAAACACAUUGCAUAGAUGUAUGUCAUGUCAUUUUGAAAUAUUGCUUUUGUAUUUUGUUGUUAAAUAAUUGUGGAAGAAUUUUCCUUAUACUUUUUUUUAUUUAAAAUAACAAACCCACACGUUUUUACAUUUUUCAUGUCUUGGGUAAAUUUAUUAAGUUUUGAUCAGUACAGAGCAAGAUUUUGAACUGCAUAAAAUGUUUUUGUGAUCUUACUCAGAACAUUGUAGCUUAAUAAAUACUCCUAUAACCACCUCACAACACGAAUAAUAGUUAGUAUCACUUUUUUUUUUUUUUUUGCUUAUUUGCAAAAAUCUGCAUAAAUUAAAAGCUAAAACAAAGUGCAUUUCUAAAUAAAACAAAUUGUUUGAAUUUAUGCUUAAUGAUGUUUAUGGUUUUCCAAUGUUAUCCAGUGAUUUAAGAUGAGCUCACCAGAGCUGAGAAACUCCCAAUUGUUUGUACAGCCAUCCCAGUAAUGUUUAAAUACUGAUAAAUAAAUGGUAUUCCGUAUAAUUUCA